UCUCUUCUUCACCACAGAGUAGACACACUUGGCCUCAGUUCUCUCCUUCGCCAUCGCUCGUUCUUCUCAUUUUCUGGGUUGGCGUUCCAUAACGCUGUGUUGGCGUUCCGUCGGUGCACGGAGGGAGGGUUUGAUCUCAGAAGACAAAAUCGAUCCAGGUACAGGGAAUGCCACGAUUCUAAUUUCUAAUUGCGUUCAAGUUAUUUUCACUCGGCUGUGAGUUAUCUCUCUCUGAUUUUCAAGUAUUCAAUUAGUUCCUUUUAGAUUUUGUUCUAUGUUCUAGGGAUUCAUUAACAUAGUAUAGUAUGUAGUGCAAAUUUUGAUUGGAUGUCAAAAUUGGUGUGGAGAUAAGCUAUGUGAUUCAUCUCUUGGAUAGUGGAAAUAUUGUUGUGGAGUUCAAAUAUAUUGUGGUUUGAUGUUUGAUGAUAGUGGAUAUGGUGCAUGUGACUUGUUUUUUACCCGUCAGUGAGUUCGGGAGAGCAAUGGUGUCUCAAGCACCGUCAUAUUAUUCUUUCUGAAACACUUUCUGUCAUCAUGUCACGUUUUUUCUUUUAUUUAGGGACUGGAAAGUUUGAGAUCUGCUGCAUAAAAGAGCCUGAGUUUGUUAUUUCAAAAGAUAGUUUCAAUGUUUGGUCAAAAGGCUAUGAAAGUUGAGAAUAUGCUCAAAAUAAAGGAGGAGUUUGAUUAUAAAAGCUUGUCUCGAAAGAUUGAUGUGCAAUUAGAUAAGCUUAUUGCAGAAAAUGAAAGGCAGCAGAAAGCUUUUGAGAAUGAAGUUGAAAAAAUAACUUUGGAGGCACAAUGUCGUAUUGCUGAGGUUGAACGAAACUUUGCAGAUGGAUUAGAGAAAGAGAGAUUGAAAUGCCAGAUGGAGUAUAUGGAAUUAGUAAAGGAGCUGGAGCAGAAGUUGGUGUUGAAUCAAGAAAGAAAUGACCGCUAUAGUUUUGUGGCUGAUACCGAUAGUGGAGAGGGGCCAGCACAAUCUUCUCCUGAUGAACUUGCCAAUGUCAAAAUGCUGCUUGAAACUGAAAGCAAGCGGAGAAAGGAGGCUGAAGAAGAGGUAAAACGUCUAAAAAAUCAGCUGGGGAUAUAUACACAAGCAGACGCAGGAGGGGAUUUGGAGGCUAUAAAGCUUCACAACAUGCUGGAGGAUGAAGUAAAUCAGAAAAAAAAAACUUGAAGAUGAAAUUAUAAUAUUAAGGAGUCAAUUGUUGCAAUUGACCUUUGAAGCUGACCAGGUUGCUCUUCCUGAGGAAACCCACUACUGGAAGAUGUUUCUGGCAACGACACAUUGAAUCUGUAGCACGUCAAGAACAAAAGCUUACAAGUGGAAAUUUUUACUGAAGACACCUUGUUCAGUUUAUCACGUGGCAAGCAUUCUGGGAAAUGUAUGGCAAGCAUCUAUACUCCAAAGGUCUGGUUCUCUCCUUAAUUGCUUGUUAAUGAAUUGUUUGUAAUUAUGUGGUUAGUUGUUGUGGAAGUGGCUAUUAAAGAUGUUUCUGGGUUUCAUGAGAGUUCCUCCAGAUCAUUGGGGACUGUACUUGUUUGAAUUUCUUCAAAAUUAGCUAACAGCUGAUGUGAACAAUUUAUCGAUGGGUUUCAUUUUCUUUUUAUCUUUUACUGUUAAUUUUUAUAUGUCUAGCUCCUUGUCUAUUCAUGACCAAGGUGCGGGGUUUCCAAAUCAAGCAUAUUUUAAGCAGGCUUGAAUUCUGCACUCAGAAAACAAGGGUUACAUUUGAUUAUGUGAAAAGAUAGAGAUAUCAAGUAGAACCCCAUUUUUGUAAUUUACUUUAUCCUGUUGAGAGACAUUGGACACUUUAUUUGUUUA